CUACUUUACUGUACUUCUGAGGUAAAGGCCCUGACAUCAUAGACUACACGGGGCAUAAACUGAGAGGCUUGCCCUAAUCCUCUAUGUAGCUUGGACAUGAGUGUUCUCAUCCCCAGCUGGGGCAAUUAGACUGACUUAUUAACUCUUCCCCUCUGUUGCAGAAAGCACAAUGAGUCGUCGAAAAAAAGAAAGGAAAGCAAUGCUGAAAGACCAAGGAGCAGAGCAGGAACUGACUUCAGAAAUCCCAAUGGGUCCUCCAGAAAAAGACAGUAAAGCAAUGCUGAAAGACCAUGGAUCACAAGAGGAACAGAAGUCAGAAAGCACAAUGACUGCUCCAGAAAAGGACAGUAAAGCAAUCCUGAAAGACCAAGGACCAGACGUACAGACAUCAGAAACCUUACAAGUUGAGGAAGAAGAUGCAGUGACAAAAGCAGGUGAAAAAGAUCAUGGAGGUGACCUAAAAGACUACAAGGCCCACGUGAUAGCUAAAUUCAACACAAGUGUGGAUCUACACUAUGACUGCCCAGAGAUGAAAGUGUUGUCUAACACUUUUAAACCAUACCAGAAAAUCUUCAGGCCUCACACCAUUAUCCUACAUGGACAACCAGGAGUUGGGAAGUCAGCUUUGGCCAGAAGUAUUGUUCUAGGCUGGGCAAAGGGUAAACUCUACAAGGACAUGUCCUAUGUUUUCUCCUUCUCUGUUAGAGAAAUAAAGUGGACAGAGAAGAGCAGUUUGGCACAGCUGAUUGCCAAGGAGUGGCCAGACUCCAAGGCUCCAAUGACAAAGAUCAUGUCCCAACCAGAAAGACUCUUGUUUGUCAUAGAUGGUUUGGAUGAUAUGGACUCUGUCCUCCAACAUGACAAUAUGACACUACUCUCCAGAGACUGGAAUGAUGAACAGCCCAUAUACAUCCUGAUGUACAGCCUCCUGAGGAAGGCCCUCCUACCCCAGUCCUUUCUCAUCAUUACCACCAGAAACACGGGCUUAGAAAAGCUCAAGUCGAUGGUGGUGUCCCCCCUCUAUAUACUGGUUGAAGGACUGUCUGCAUCAAGGAGAUCUCAGCUGGUCCUCAAGAACAUCUCCGAUGACUAUCAGAGAACAAAAGUCUUCCAUUCCUUGAUAGAAAACCACCAGCUAUUUGACCAAUGCCAGGCCCUGUCUGUAUGCUCAUUGGUCUGUGAAGCUCUACAGCUGCAGAAGAAGCUGGGAAAGAAUUGCACCCAACCCUACCAGACUCUCACCAGUUUGUAUGCCACGUUGGUGUUCCACCAGCUCACCUUGAAAAGGCCUUCCCAGAGCGCACUCAGUCAGGAAGAGCAGAUUACCCUAGUAGGUUUGUGCAGGAUGGCGGCUGAGGGAGUGUGGGCCAAGAGGUCUGUGUUCUACGAUGAUGACCUGAAGACCUACAGCCUAGAGGAGUCUGAGAUCUCCGCCCUCUUUCACAUGGACAUCCUUCUCCAGGUUGGCCACAGCAGUGAGCACUGUUAUAUUUUCUUCCACCUCAGCCUGCAGGAAUUCUUUGCUGCCUUAUAUUAUGUUUUAGAAGAGCUAGGGGAAUGGAAUCAGCAUUUUUCCUUCAUUAAAAACCAAAGGAGCAUCAUGGAGGUGAAAACAACUGAUGACACUCACCUCCUUGGGAUGAAUCGUUUCUUAUUUGGCCUCAUGAACAAGGAUAUCUUGAAGACUCUGGAGGUUCUGUUUAAAUGUCCCGUGACCCCAACUGUUAAGCAGAAGCUCCAACACUGGGUCUCUCUGAUAGGUCAGCAGGUCAACGGCACCAGCCCCAAGGACACCCUGGAUGCCUUCUACUAUCUCUUUGAGUCUCAGGAUGAAGAGUUUGUUCACAUGGCACUCAACCACUUCCAAGAAGUGUGGCUUCCGAUUAACCAGAAGAUGGACUUGUUGGUAUCUUCCUACUGCCUCCAGCACUGUCAGAACUUGAAGGCAAUCCGGGUGGAUAUCAGAGACCUCUUCUCAGUGGUUAAUACUCUUGAGCUGUGCCCUGUUGUUGCUCUCCAGGAGACACAUCGUAGGCCCCUCCUGAAAGAAUGGUGGAGACUCUUCUGCUUUGUGCUCAGCAUCCAUCCGAAAUUGAAGGAGCUGGACUUGGGCAACAGCAUCCUGAACCAAUGUGCCAUGGACACACUGUUCCUUGAGUUGCAGAAUCUGUCCUGCGGUAUAGAGAAGCUGACGUUUAAGAGUGCAGAGAUAGUGUCUGGCCUGAAAUAUCUCUGGAUUCUCAUUGCAGGCAAUAAGAACUUAAAGUACCUCAACCUAGGGAACACUCCCAUGAAGGAUGAUGACAUGAAGUCAGCCUGUAAGUCACUGAAACAUCCAAGGUGUUCUCUGGAGACUCUAAGGCUGGAUUCCUGUGAGUUAACCCUCACUGGUUAUGAGAUGAUCGCCACACUCCUCCUUUCAACCACCAGCCUAAAGUGUCUCAGCCUGGCCAAAAACAAGGUGGGAGUGAAGAGCAUGAUAUCCCUCAGGAAUGCCUUGAGUAGCUCAGCGUGUCCACUGCAGAGGCUGAUACUGGACAGCUGUGAUCUCUCACCUGUCAGCUGCCACAUUCUGGCCUCAGCCCUUUUCAGCAACCAGAACUUGACUCACCUGAGCCUGUCAAACAACAGCCUGGGGACUGAAGAAGUGCAACAGCUGUGUCAGUUCAUAAAGAAUCCAGAAUGUGCUCUCCAGCGGCUGAUGCUGAACCAGUGCAACAUUGUAGGGGAUGCCUACGGCUUCUUGGCAUUGAUGCUUACAAAUAGCAGAAAGCUGACACACCUGAGCCUGACCAUGAACCCUGUAGGGAAUAGUGCAAUGAAGCUACUGUGUGAAGCUUUAAAGGAGCCCACUUGUUGCCUUCAAGAACUGGAACUAGUGAACUGCCAGCUCACGGACAACUGCUGUGAGGGCCUGGCCUAUAUGAUCACAACAACCAAGCACUUAAAAAGCUUGGACCUUGGUAACAACGCCCUGAGUGACAAAGGAGUUAUAACCCUGUGUGAGGGACUGAAGCAAAGUAGCAGCCCCCUCGGGAGACUCGGGUUGGGAGCAUGUGAGUUGAUUUCCAAAUGCUGUGAGGCAUUGUCAUCGGCCCUCUCUUACAACCGGCGCCUGAAUAGCCUAAACCUGGUGAAUAAUGACUUCAGUACAUUGGGGAUGCUGAAGCUGUGCUCUGCGUUCCUAUGCCCUGCCUCUAACCUGUGGAUAAUUGGCCUGUGGAAGCAGCAGUACUAUGCCUGUGUGAGAAGACAGCUGGAGGAGCUGCAGUUUAUCAAGCCCCACGUGGUGAUUGACGAUGACUGGUAUGCUAUUGAUGACGAUGACCGGAACUGGUGGAGAAACUGAAGACAUGAGUCCCCUCUCCUUCACGUCCUAGGACUUCAGUAUCUGAAAUAUUUGUCUCACCUCGGAGGAUGUAGCAAGAAUGAAAUAAACACACAGCAUUUAAAAAAG